AUGAACUUGAUAACUUGGCAACUCGGAUUGAUAACUUGGCAGAGUUUAAUUAACAAUGCACUAUUAACUCGAGUAUGGUGCAAAUUAACAGAGAUUAUUACGUCUUUUCCAGUGUUGGAUUUAGAAAGUGAAUCUAAAAAAGAUCUCAAUAAAGUGAAUUCACUGUUUUGGUGUGAAGCUCCCGGCUCAUUUGUCAAUGAAGUCAAUUAUUACAUUCAAAGCAAACAUCUUGGUAUCAAAUUUAACUGGAUUGCUUCAACACUAAAUCCAUAUUACGAGCAAGUUGAUCUAAUCAAAAUAGCAUUAGAUUCAUCAAACAUGUGGUACUUCAUGAUAACUGGAUUUUUGGUGAUGAUAAUCGAGGCGUGGAAUUGUGGCAUUUUGUUAUCUUUCCUAGUGAUAUUACACCAGUUUUUAGCUACUAUUAAUUUCCUCGAGGCUGGUGGUAGUUUAGUUGUCAAAAUGUUUAAUUUAUUCUAAUCGCAUACACACUCACUCACCUAUCUAAUGACUAAUCUGUUUUCUUAG